AAAAUUACCUUUUUCUAUAUACAAUGGUAAAUUAUGCUUGAUUAUCAAAAUAUGGGCUAGUUCUUCAAUGGAAUCUUCGUAAGGUAUCAAAAUUGAUAAUUCGAUUCCGUGUUGGUCAUUGAUGUAUGUGAAAUCUUGUUGAUCCAUUUUCAUUAGUUUUUGCCUGCUAAUUAUUAUUCUAUAUUUUUAAUUAAAUUGAUUGUUAUUAAUGUUAUUAUUCAAUUUUUCAUUACUUUUGCAGUUUUGUUUUGUUGACUUUUUUUUUGAGAACUAAAAGUUUGGUUAGGACUAGGAGGUAAAUUUCUAUUAAAGUUACCUGUAAGAUUUAGCUCUGUUCUGGAUCACGUUCCGAACCAGUUCAUUGAAUAUUUGUGCCUGGAUCAGACUGUUUCAAUUUAUAAAUCAUGUGCCUGACAGAAUUUCGGAGCAAAUCGACAAAAAAGAUGACAAAAACGAACACGGCUUUAUAAAAGAACAUUGUCGGAACCAGGAAACAAGAAGAACGGAGUAAUUCAAUAGGAGUAAUUCUGGAACUAGAAUCAGAACCGAACAAACUGACUGAUUCGAGUUGCACCGUAGUAACUAAAAAUAAAUCAGCUGUUAUCAUUCAUUUUAAGUUUCCCGAAAAGAGAAAAAUUUGACGUGUAAAUAUCCGUCUCCCUCUAAUCUAUUUAUUGCCCCAUAUGUCCAUUCCUUUUUUUAGAUUUUGUUUAGUAUUUUUCUCAAAGUAGUGAGUUUUCUUUCUAAAAAUAAAUCGAAUGCAAAAGUGAUACUUAUUUUUCUUUUGGAAAAAUGACUACUUUUCACAAAGUCGAAGUUAACAAAACGGUAUGGGAAGUACCAGUGAGGUACCAAAUGCUAUCGGCCGUUGGUUCUGGAGCAUACGGCCAAGUUUGUUCUGCCCUUGAUACACAGACCAAGAAAAAAGUAGCAAUAAAAAAAUUAGCCCGUCCCUUCCAAACUGCUGUCCAUGCAAAAAGAACUUAUCGAGAGCUAAAACUUUUGAAACAUAUGCGUCAUGAAAAUGUCAUAGGGUUACUAGAUGUGUUUUAUCCAAAACAUGAUAACAGUCAGAUCUACUUGGUAACUCAUUUAAUGGGCGCCGAUUUGAACAACAUAAUAAGAACACAAAGACUAACAGACGACCACGUUCAAUUUUUAGUUUAUCAAAUUUUAAGGGGACUCAAAUAUAUCCAUUCGGCAGGCAUUAUUCAUAGGGAUUUGAAACCGUCAAAUAUCGCAGUGAACGAAGACUGCGAACUUAAAAUCUUAGAUUUUGGACUGGCGAGGCCUACAGAAACCGAAAUGACGGGCUACGUUGCGACCAGAUGGUACAGAGCCCCAGAAAUUAUGCUAAAUUGGAUGCACUAUAAUCAAACUGUAGAUAUUUGGUCUGUUGGUUGUAUUAUGGCUGAACUUUUAACUGGAAGGACUUUGUUUCCGGGAACAGAUCACAUUCAUCAACUAAAUUUAAUAAUGGAAAUCCUUGGGACGCCUAAUGAUGAAUUUAUGAACAGAAUAACCUCUGAAAGUGCCAGAAGUUACAUAAAAUCACUUCCAGCUAUGCCCAAAAAGGACCUUUAUCAGUACUUUUCUGGAGCGAAUCCCAAAGCCAUAGAUUUACUAAGUCUUAUGUUAGAGAUUGACAGCGAUAAACGUAUAACUGCCGAACAAGCGCUGGCGCAUUCGUAUUUGGCAGCUUAUGCUGAUCCUAAUGACGAGCCUACUUCUGCGCCAUUCGAUCAGGGCGACGAAAUGAUCAAUUAUCCUGUAGAGAAAUGGAGGGACCUCGUACUUGAAGAAGUCAACACUUUCGAAUACCUCCCUAUGCCCAGCGAAGAACCCAGAGAAUAGCACAACAAAUUACUAGUGAUAAAAUUCACUACUUACAUAGUUCGAAGAGCCUAAAAAAUUAGUUAUAACGACUCAAUUGUUAGUAUUUUCUAGUAGGAAAUGGGUGCUAUUAAAUUAUGUCAAUAAUGAUACAAAUGUAACAAAGUUGGUUUGUUUUUUUUAUUUUUAAUGAGAAACUGUACAUUUUGUAAAUUUUUUAUUGAGAUAGGGGAUUGGGUAUUUGAAAGGUCACUAUUAUUUACAAUUUUUGGGCAACAAACAUUAAUGGGACUUAAACCCAUAAGAGUGAAAAAUGGUACAUAAAAGCGAAGCAAUAAUUUUCAAAAGUUUUAAUGGCUUAUCAUAUGUUUUGUGCCUUUUUUGGUCAGUAUAAAAUUUAAUUGGAACUACCAGUAAAUUUUGCAAUAAUUUCCAGUUUGAUUUAUUGAGGAAUGUUUUUGGUUUUAGCAAUUUUUGUAUAGUUUAGCAAUAAUUAUUAUUUAUUAGAUGAUUGUUUGAUGUUUGUUUUUAUUAUAAUUUUUUUUUUCUACAAUCACUUUUUAAAGUAAGUAGAUGUUUUUUUGUCAAUGUCAUAUUAAGACACUGAAAGUAAAGAAACUGACAACAAAUAUGCUGAUAUUCAAUUUGACUUAAGUGUGUUUAUAUAGUAGAAAAAUAUAAUGUAUGAUACUAGGCUUUUUUUCAGCAAACAAAUUAUUUUUAUUCACAAAAAAAUUCACAAGGAAUAGGUUAUACAUUGAAAAUUAUUAAUUGUUAAUGAAUAAGUAUUAAUAAAGACUAAUAA